AGUGAGCCUCGGCUUUUGCUCCUGCAUGCUGAGGACUCGACAGUGAACUUUUGCUCCCAACUCCUGCUUUCUUCUUGAUCGUCACUGCCUUGAAUCACUGCAAUUCCAUUCGAUCGACACUAUGGCAGACAAACAAGCCGAACAACACGUGGAUAUGGCUCCGGACCCUGAUGAGGACGAUCUCUCCGACCUUGAUGACAUGCUGGACGACUUCUCGACUGCUUCUAUACAAGACCAGAAACAAUCUGCCCCUGCCGCUAGCGCCGCCUCUUCCUCGAAUACUGCUCAGCCGACCACAUCAUCUUCGGCCAAGGCCCAACCACAAGCGCCUGCAGAAGAUGACGACUUCGCUCGUCAAUUACAAGCCGGCAUGGCCGAGUUGCUCGGAGGUCUGGGGGAAGACCCGGAAAUGCAAAAACAGUUCGAGCAAAUGAUGAAAGAGCUCAGCGCUGCUGCUGAACAAGAAGCUGCCGGUACCGUCCCCUCAGCAGAUACUGCCGACAAGUCAUCCACGCCGAAGACAGCUCCUACCCCUCCUACAUCAUCGUCUGCCGCCAAACCUGCCUUUGCCUCGACUAUCGAAAAGACCAUGGAACGCAUGCAGGCUUCCGGUCAAUCUGCCUCUGCUGCAGCAGCAAGCUCCUCCGAAGAAGACAUGCUAGCGAAAAUGCUCAAAGAUUUGGAAUCAGGAAACUUCCCUGCCAUGGAUGGUGACCAAGGGGAUUUCAACUCCAUGCUCAUGGGUAUGAUGGAGCAACUCGUCAACAAGGAUAUCCUUUACGAACCCAUGAAGGAACUACACGACAACUUCCCCGAGUGGUUAGAAAAGAACAAGGACUCAACUCCAAAAGAGGAUCUGGAACGCUACAAGACACAGCAAUCUGUCGUCAAGGACAUUGUCGACAGAUUCGAAAAGAAGGACUUUAAUGACGAGAACAAGGAGGACAGAGAAUACAUUGUUGAUAAGAUGCAACAGAUGCAAGCAGCUGGAGCACCUCCGCCUGGCCUUGUUGGCGACAUGAACGCCGCUCAAGAUAUGCUCAGCGAAGCCGACGGCUGCAACCAGCAAUAAUCCCACACUUGCAUAUUUGCUGUUUGUCCCGACAUGAAAAAGAUACCCACGAUCUCAAUGUUUGCAAGCGACCUGUAAAUUCCCGAAUACAAAAGUCCGUCAUAUUGGCCAAGAUUCCAUUCUCUCUGAUGUUGGAGGUCUUGUUGUCCUCAAGUCUGCUGACUGUCAUCAAUUGACUCAUACCCACUGCUUCCGCCACUAACCCUGCUGCUGCCUUGUCCACCCUCCAAUCUUUAUAUGUUAGGUAUCUUUAGUCCCUUGCAAGUAUUCAGCUGUGGUGGUGUAGUGGUAGCACACCUGCGUUAAGUUCGGGCACGUGGUCAUUCGCUUCUAACGUGGUCCCGAUGAGCACAGGAGGUCGCAGGUUCGAUCCCUGCCCACGGUCUUUGGUACCUUGCUUGUGAGUGACCAUUUGCAAGCAAGGUGCUAUUUCUUUUUGCUCGAUGGUUCUUUGUAUACCUCGCGCGACGGGCUC